UGUUCCUAAUACACACACCAUAGAACCAUAGAAAUAUAUCCUCUGAAAUUAGCGAUCACCAUUACCAUUCAAAUAUGACAGCCCCAACAGCCAAUCCACUUGACCAACUCAUUCUCGAAUGUCAAAACGACCCGACUGAAAUUCAAACCCGAUAUGAAACCCACCGCCGCGACAGAAAUGCACGGUUCAAGACCACACUCCUGAGCCAGGAUUUCAAGGGAUGGCAGACCGACGAGAUUCUACGGAAGCUGCUCGCGCAGGAGACCCAGAGAAGCGACUCUGACAGCGAAGGCUUCGUCGAUCCCCGGCAUAAUCUCAACUGUUUGGCGUUGCCGCCGCGGCAUAUUCGUGAUCUGGUGGCCGAGAUCCAACGGGAUAUUCGGGAUGUUGCGCCGACGAUGUGGUUUGCCCCGGCACAUUAUCUGCACAUGACCACGCUGGAAGUCGCUCCCGGGCGAACCGAAGAGGAGAUCAAGAGUCUCUUGGCUCAAAUCCAAGGGAGCGGAGGGGUUUCCGAGCUAGCGGACUACACAUUCGACCAUCGGACGCGGUUGAUCAAGCCGAUUGUCAGCUACGAUGCGUCUGCAAUGGCCUUGAGUUUCGUCACGGCCGCGGACGACGGGUACACCUAUCACCACCUGCGACGAGAUAUCUACAACGGCAUGGCGGCGACGGGUGUCUCCCCAGUCUCUAGGUAUAUGGUUCCCUCUGCGCAUAUCACCAUUGCGAGAUUUAUCACCCAGGAUGGGUUCCUGGUAGAUGGUUCGGGGACGGAUGCGGCACGAGUGGUUGACCGGGAGCGAGUGGCGGAGUUGGUGGAGAGGAUCGAGCAGAUCAACGUGAAAUUGCGGGAGAAGUACUGGCCGCGCGAGAGGGAUGGAAAUGCUCCGGCGGAGGGAGACUGGAUCGUCAACGUUCCGAAAACCCGCCGGACGUACUGCAAGUCCAAGGACUGCCACAAGCACCAGCAGCACAAGGUUACCCAGUACAAGGCUGGCAAGGCCUCGCUGUCCGCCCAGGGUAAGCGUCGUUACGACCGGAAGCAGAGCGGUUACGGUGGUCAGACCAAGCCCGUCUUCCACAAGAAGGCCAAGACCACCAAGAAGAUCGUCUUGCGUCUGGAGUGCACUGCCUGCAAGGCCAAGAAGCAGCUCGCUCUGAAGCGUUGCAAGCACUUCGAGCUUGGUGGUGACAAGAAGACCAAGGGUGCUGCUCUUGUUUUCUAGAUUUGUGUUUUUCUUGUUCGGCUCUGGGUUUCCUGUUGCACAGGCAGCUGCUCCGGCGGAGGGCAUACGACUUUGGCAAUGGAUAAAUGAAAUAGGAUUUCAUACUCAAGAAAAAAAAAUACCAAAGAAAGCAUAUGGCUCCUAGUUUAUGAG